UACAUUGCAUCGCACGCCAAUAAUGGAACGACAUUUCAAUACUGCCAGCACUGGCAGUGUAUAUUGAAACACGGCUUUUACUACGUGUCUUCGCAUUUUUUAUACUUAAUGAAUAUGAUAGCUAUUUUUUAAAAGAUGGCGUCGUUCAAGAAAAUAAAUACUAAAGUGUUUACCAGAGCGGGGCCGGAAUUAACAGAAGAUAACAUAUAUUGGAAGAAAUACACACCUCCAGUUUUAGUCAAAGAAUUUGGCCCAAUAGACUACAUUGACUUUUCUCCUGUAGAGCCUCAUUAUUUUGCAGUUACCUGCUCUGUACGAGUGCAGGUAUAUAAUCCUAUCACAAAGUUGGUCACAAAAACGUACAGCAGAUUUAAAGAAGCUGCAUAUGGAGGUUGUUUCCGUAGAGAUGGCAAACUGCUGUGUGCCGGUGGAGAGGAAACAGUGGUUAGACUCUUUAAUAUUGGUUCAAAUAGCAUGUUACGUCUUUUUUCUGGACAUAAGGCUGCGGUGCAUAGAGCUUUUUUCACAGCUGAUGACCAUCACAUAGCUUCAUUCUCUGACGAUAAAACCGUAAUAUUAUGGGAUAUACCUAGUGAAAAACAGCUGAUGAGUUUUAAUGAACAUACUGAUUAUAUCAGAGCUGGUGCUGUGAGCCCUGUGUCUACUGAUGUAUUAUUAUCUGGUGGAUAUGACAAGAUCAUACAUAUGUAUGAUAGCAGAACAAAUAAAAAGAUACUCAGUGUCAAUCAUGAUGCGCCAGUGGAAAGUUUACUCUUUUUGCCAACUGGAGGAAUAUUCUUAUCUGCAGGUGGAACGGAUAUCAAAGUGUGGGACGCUCUAACAGGUGGCAAGUUACUUGCUAAAAUUACUCAACAUCACAAAACGGUCACUUGCUUGAAAAUUGCCUCCGAUGGCCAUAGAAUAUUGUCUGGUUCAUUGGAUAGGCAUGUUAAAGUCUACGAUGCUGGAACAUACAAGACACUUCAUACUUUGGAUUAUCCUAAUGCGGUUCUUAGCAUAGGAAUUAGUGCUGGUGACGAGACAGUCGUAGCCGGUAUGGUGGACGGUUUGAUUUCUGUGAGGAGACGCGAAGAAGACGUGAAGGAUGUUGUGAAACCGAAACGGAAAAAGGUGUCGUACAGGCACGCAGGCGAAAAUCUGCACGUGCGAAGUAUUGACGUGGUUGUGCAGCAGGAAGUCAAAGAAAUAAUGAGCAAGCACGAUGCUUGUUUGCGAAAGUUUCAAUACAGUAAGGCACUCGAUUGCGUCAUGAUGAAUUAUGUGGUUAAUAAAAUGCCGCAUGUCACCGUCGCACUUACACAAGAGCUUAUCAGAAGGGAAGGCUUAAGACGAGCUUUAGCUGGUAGGGAUGGCAAAUCACUGGUUAAUAUCAUCAAGUUCUUGAACAAAUAUAUCGGUAGCAUUCGUUUCGGCCGAGUGUUGUUACAUGUUUCAAACGUUUUAUUAGAUGUAUACGAGGACCACUUAGACGAACUUUCGGAAGAAUCUCGGAAAAUGUUCACGAUAUUAGCGCAAAAACUACAAGAAGAGGAACAGUUAAUUACAGCUUUGGCAGAAUUGCAAGGUUCCAUGCAAAUGGUAUUGUCCAGUGCAGAAUCGGUUUCUUCGAUUUCUGCUGUAAAAGAUAGUCAGAGCUUGGAGCCGUCAAAUGCCGCUCAGACAGAAAGAGAUCUUGUCUUGAGUAUAGCAUAAACAUAUUGUCCAGUGUAAAAUAAUGUUUUUUGUAUAUAAUUUUGCAAUAAAAUAAUAAUUGAAUUUUUCUGAAAUAA